AUGGAAUCGGAGAUCUUCGAAGCCGCCCCAAAUCUAGGCCUUUCAGAUCGCUGUUGUGCCCCUCUUGCCUCCUCCGGCGCCCAAGAUACCGCCAUAUAUCUCUGUCCAACCCAGAAUGGCGGCAUAAUUGGUGACUACGGCCUAGCGCUACACGACGCUAUCCAACUCUCGAUCAGAUGGAAGGCCAAUUUGAAUAGGUGCAAGUACAAGAUUCAAAAGUGGAGCAGACAAAAGUUUCCAAAGUGUAUCAAAGAGGAGAUCAAGCAGUGUCUUACUACACUGGAUGAUCUUCAAGUUAAUCAUUCUCUUACCAGCAUAGAGGAACAGAGAGAAGUAUCAGCUGCUCUUAGUUCUCUUUGGUCUAGGGAGGAGAAGUUUUGGCAUCAGAGGUCUAGGGUGAAGUGGUUACAAGCUGGGGAUUCAAAUUCGCGUUUCUUACAUCUCUCCACUCUACAAAGAAGGCAGAGAAACAAGAUCUUGAAAAUUCAAUGUGACUCUGGUAUUUGGUUAUCUGGUGAAAACAAAAUUAGAGUGGAGUUUGAAAGGCAAUUCGAACUGUUAUUUACUACUUCAAGUAAUAGAGAGUGGGGUGAUGCUUUGGUGGGGGUGAUGCCUUCUGUUACUGAGUCUUUGAAUGCUGAGCUUAUCGCCCCGGUUACUAUUGAAGAGGUUAAGGAGGUGACUUUUCAGUUGGGGGCUUUGAAGGCUCCAGGACCUGACGGCUUUCCGGGUCUAUUUUACCACAAAUAUUGGAGUAUAGUUAAAGAUGUAGUUGCUACUGCUACGGUGGAUUUUCUUGCAGGAAAGGUUUGUCUUAAAGAGUUGAAUAGGACGAAUAUUGUCCUCAUUCCAAAAGUUGAGAAUCCGAAUGCAUUUGUUCCCGGCAGACAAAUACAAGAUAACUUGCUUGUUGCUCAUGAGGCCUACCACUAUCUCAAGCUAAAGAGGGAGGGUGGAAAUCACGAGUUGGGGUUGAAAUUAGACAUGAAUAAGGCCUACGAUCGUGUUGAAUGGCUGGGGUAUUUUUAUCUAACAAGGGGGCUGAGGCAAGGGGACCCCCUGUCCCCUUAUCUUUUUCUGAUUAUCAGUGAGGUUCUAUCAGUGAGAUUGACUAAAGCUGUUCAUGAGGAAUCUUUGGUGGGAAUCAAGCUCACUAGGAAGAGCCCUACUCUCUCCCACUUGUUUUUUGCUGAUGAUUCUCUUUUCUUCAUCAAGGCGACACUGAGUAAUGUAAAGCAGUUGCUGGUUAUUUUUAAAGCCUACUGUACAACAUCUGGACAAGUGAUUAGUGUUGAGAAAUCCAGUGUUUAUUUUUCUCCAAAUACUCCGGAGCAAAUGGUAUUGUUGAUCAGCGAGAUGAUGGGCUUCGCUCCUGUUAUUGAUCCUGGUAAGUAUUUGGGAAUGCCUUCUUUAUGGGGAAGAUCAAAGAAAGAUGCUCUUGGUUAUAUAAUGGAUAGGGUGAAGAAAAAAGUGGUCGGAUGGAAACAGAAAACACUUUCUUGGGCUGGUAAGGAGGUAUUGAUUAAAGCGGUUGCCACUGCUAUCCCGGCUUAUCCUAUGUCAUGUUUCAAGCUUCCCAUUGGUGUGUGCGAGUCAAUUAACUUGGUUCUAGGUAAUUUCUGGUGGGGUUCGAAUGAUACCAGUAACCGAAUCCAUUGGAAGAGUUGGAAUUUUCUCUGCAAACCAAAAGACGAUGGUGGUUUGGGAUUUCGUGAUAUUCAUAUUUUGAACAUGUCUCUUUUAGCAAAACAAUGUUGGAGACUAGUACAAGAACCUGACUCGCUCUGGGCAAGGAUUAUGAAAGCUAGAUAUUUCCCUGACUGUUCUAUUUUCGAAGCUACUAAGGGAUAUAGAGCUUCAUGGAGUUGGGCAAGUAUUAUUGAGGCUAGGGACCUUUUGGUUAAGGGGGGUUGUUGGCAGGUUGAAAAUGGUCAGUCCAUUAAUAUUUGGGGGAAUAAGUGGAAACCUCCUCCUGAUCUUCAUGAUGGAUUUUUAAUAAAUGGAGUCACUGCUCCUACUGACAUUGUUUUAGUUAAUCAACUCAUUGAUUGGGAUACUCAUUCCUGGUAUUUGGACAAUGUGAAACACAUCAUUAGUGGAGAGGCUGCUGCUAGAAUUGCUUGUUUACCAAUUGGGAAUGUGGAUGGCAAGGAUAGAUUUAUAUGGCCGUGGACUAAGAAUGUUGUUUUCACGGUCAAAUCUGGGUACCAUUGGCUACAAAACAUCCAUGCACUUGCUACUAGGAAUGUUGACAGUGCGAGGGGCUCACAUUUGGUUAAUUGUACUACCUGGAAGCUUAUCUGGAGACUCCAUACUCUUCCAAAAAUCAAGCUUUUCCUAUGGCAAGUACUGGGAGGAGUUGGUCCUGUUUUUCUCAAUCUUUACAAGAGAAAAAUGGUACAAACUCCUCUUUGCCCUAUUUGUGGACAGGAUGAGGAAUCGUUUGAGCAUCUUUUUCUAUUAUGCAGUUGGGUUGCUACUGUAUGGUUUGGCUCACCGCUGGGACUAAGAAUUGAUAAGGCAAUGAUUACUAGUUUUGAUCGGUGGCUCUACUCUUUAUCUAAUAGUUUUAGAGACGCAAGAAAAAAGGAUGUAUUUCUCUCUUUGUGCAGCUCUAUAUGCUGGAUGAUAUGGAAGGCUAGAUGCAAUUAUGUGUAUAAAGGUACCCCUUUAUCUCCUAUGUUCACCAUCAAUCAAGCAAUCAAACUUGCUACUGAGUUCAUUGAAGUUAAAGUCAUACAUAGUAAAGACAAGCUUGCUGGUCUGGGUGUUGUCGUUCGUGACGAGUCGGGUCGUUUUAUUGAGGGAUUAGCUGCCACUAGUUCUUGCCUCUCGUGUGACCAAGCGGAAGCUGAAGCUGUACUGAUGGGUGUCAAUUUGGCAGUCUCUCAAGGAAGAGAUAAAUUUGUUAUAGAAUCUGAUUCAAAGACUGUGAUUGAUGGUUUAAGGUAUAAGUCAAACAAUUGCUGGAGAAUUUACCCUAUUCUUAGACGAAUUUGGUCUCUGAGCAAUGGAAUCAGUGAUUGCAUUUGGAGCUGGGCUCCCCGUGAAGCAAAUGGCGCUGCUCACCGACCUGCCACGCUUGCCGACGAGACUGUGGGUCUGAAAAGAUGGGUUAACCGACCACCACGACCUCUUUUUUCUGUGUUGAGAAAUGAUGGUAUGCCAACUCCGCCGAUGGCAUGA